CGUUUGCGGAGCACGACAUGGAGAGAAAGUUAAAUAUUUUCUUUACGGUCUUUACGCAGCUCCCCUUAGAAAGCACAGCCGUUGGCUGCUGGUCGGGAUCGCGAUAGACUGAGAACGAACUAAACCGCGCCGAGUCAGGAUCUUGAAGAGAGAUUUAACUGGAAAGCUUUGCCGGGCGGUUGCGAGCGGUGUUCGCACAGGGGGAAGAGGGGAAACAGAGACGGCUCUGUUCUGCGGAUUUUUAAUGAAAUACAGCAGCUGUCUGACACACGCCUGCCACCCCUAGCGAUCUCGAGUUAGAUGCGCUUGACUUUAAGAUGCGGAGCGACCCCAUACUGUUCGCCUCGAGGGCGAUGGAGGAGUUGUUGGCAGAGUUGCGGGUCUUUCUGGAGCUGUUGGACAGAGAAUAUUUAACAGCUGGAGUAAGGGAAAAGAAACAGCAAAUUUUAAACAUCCUGCACAGAGUUCUGGCCACUAAAGAGCCUUCCUGUAAGACAGCGAUACACACCUCUCUCCCGGCUCCUCCCCAGAUGCCCCUGCCAGAGAUUCCUCAUCCUUGGAUGCCUCCAGACAAUGAUCCUCCACCCUUGCCAAGCUCCUCUCUUCCUGAAGGUUACUAUGAGGAAGCCGUACCUCUGGGUCCUGGGAAAGCCCCCGAGUACAUCACCUCUAAUUAUGACUCUGAUGCGAUGAGCAGCUCAUACGAGUCAUAUGACGAGGAAGAGGAGGAUGGGAAAGGACAAAAGAUGCGUCACCAAUGGCCGUCUGAGGAGGCCUCCAUGGACCUGGUGAAGGAUGCACGUAUCUGCGCCUUCCUGUUGCGAAAGAAACGCUUUGGACAGUGGACCAAACUGCUGUGUGUUAUAAAGGACAACAAACUGGCGUGCUAUAAGUCCUCUAAAGACCAGACUCCACAAAUGGAGCUCCUUUUAUCUGGCUGCAGUAUCACACACAUUCCCAAAGAUGGCAAGAAGAAGAAGCACGAAUUGAAGAUUGUCCAUCAGGGCGCCGAUGCGCUGGUGCUGGCCGUCCAGAGCAAAGAACAGGCCGAAGAGUGGCUUAAGGUGAUGAAGGAAGUCUGUGUUAAUGGAAACGGAGCACUGGACUGUGACGGAGCCGGAUCUGGUUCUACUGUUCACAAAUCAGAGCUGGAAAAGAAACUGUCCUAUGAUAGACCCAGUUCAGAUGGAGAGCCCUGCCACGAGAAUGGAAUUUCAGAUGGAAAAGAUCCAGCCAAAGGGAAGAAGAACUCUAAAUCAGAGCAGAAAGGCACCGUGGGGCGGGUGACUGGAAAGAAAAUCACAAAAAUCAUAAGUCUGGGCAAGAAGAAGCCUUCCACUGAUGAACAGACAUCAUCUGCAGAAGAGGAUGUCCCAACAUGUGGCUAUCUGAACGUGCUAUCCAACAACCGCUGGAGAGAGCGUUGGUGCCAGCUGAAAGACAACCAGUUGUUUCUGCACAAGGACCGGGCAGAUCUGAAGACACACAUGGCCUCUCUGCCCCUGCGGGGGUGUGAGGUCAUUCCAGGGCUGGACUCCAAACAUCCCUUUGCCUUCCGUCUGCUGCGCAACGGACAGGAGGUAGCCGUUCUGGAGGCGUCCUCCUCGGAGAGUAUGGGGAGGUGGUUGGGGGUGUUGCUGGCAGAAACGGGCUCCACGACAGAUCCUGCUGCACUGCACUAUGAUUACAUUGACGUGGAAACCACUGCUAAUGUCAUUCAGCUGGCCAAGCAGUCGUUUUGUUUCACCAGCAAGCGUGCAGUUUCUCCAAACCCAUACCUGGAUAACCCGGUCAAUGGUUAUGCCUAUCCAUCAGGUGUUGCUCUGCAUUAUGAUGAUGUACCCUGCAUCAAUGGAACGGCACCAGGUGUUGAGUACUCUUCCCCAACUUCAAGGGACCACCUUUGGAGUGAGGAGGCUCAUUAUGAGAAUACAGAACUUUACGAAAACAUGCCCUCCCCCAAAUCUAAGCGCCUCUCAUCUUCGGGCCAUUACAAGACACCAACUUCCACUAAAUCUCUCUCUUCUUCCUUAUCUUCUAAUACUAACACUAAUCAGCUGAAAGGAAAGAAAUCCCUGGUCACCAAUGGGAUCGCUGCGAAGCAGAAACUGGACAAGAACCAGCCCAAAAAGGCCAAUGGAACCAGCAGCACUCUUCCAGUAAAACGCAACAAUUCUAGUGUGGAUCAGUAUAAGUAUGGGAAAAACAGAGUGGAGGCUGAUGCCAAGAAGCUUCAAUCGAAAGAGGAGGAGUUGAUGAAGAAGAAGCAGGAAAUUCGAAACCGCCUGACCCAGUUGAAGAAAGACAAAAAAGAUCUCCGCACUGCUAUAGAGAACAAUACAGCUAAGCGUUCUCAAGCCUCUCUGACGGAGAGACUUAAGAAGGUGGAGGAAGAAUGCAAACUGAAAGAGGACGAGCGAGUGAAUCUGGAGCUGGAGCUGACGGAGGUAAAGGAAAGUCUGAAGAAAGCCCUGAAUGGAGGCGUCACUUUGGGCUUGACCAUUGAACCCAAAACCAGCAGCUCCAGCCCACAGUCUCCGGUGUUAUUGAGGAGGACGGUGGACAACUCGCCCAUGUCCAGCUGUGAAACCAGUGACACUGAGACCUGCUCUCUGCCCAUCAACAGCGCCUCUCUGCUGCGCAGACACACGCAACAAACGAAACCCUCACCUGUGCGAGGACAUGUGCUCAGGAAAGCCAAGGAAUGGGAGAUGAAAUCUGGCACAUAAGUUCCUUACCAUGUUUUUACUUUCAUCGUAUCUAUUUAUUUAAUUUUUGUCCAUAUCGGAGGGAUGUUGAAAUCGAAUUGACUGAACCAUAGACACAAGCUGUCAGAAUAGAAAUUAAGUUCUGACAGAAUUUGACCGAGUCCAGUACCCAAAUUACCUGCUUGCUGUUUUAAUUCAUGCAAAUAGAUAAAAGAGACAAAAUCAUUUUAUUAUUAUUUUGUAACUCAUACACUUCAUGUCUCAGAUUAUGGUCUGGAAUCACUACGUCUAGAAAAGUCUGUUCUUCAACGAGAAGCCGUCAAUGGAAGACAAAUCUCCAAGUAUUUAUUUGUAAAUGUUUAAGUAAAUAUAAGCCUCUCUGUGUUUGUUUGUGUUGACAUUUAGUAAUGUUUUUCUUUAAUUCAGCUUCGUGCUAGUUAAAGAGAGCAGCUUCUAUUGGGAAUGAGAUAAAUAUAAUCAAAUGUACAUCACAAAAAAAUGUACAUUUCAGUUUCUUUAAAGAAAAAGUGUAAUCCGUAUGAAAGUUUUGUACGAGACGUUUUACUUUGAAAACGAAGAUCUGUCCAGACGUUUGGCUGGAGCAGUUCCUAUAGCAACAGCAGUCCAUAGGGAACAGGGCAGUUUAGGCAGGGUGUGGCCCUCUGUUGGCUGGCUGCUCUGGAAACUGGGCCUGAAAAUACUGCUACACUUUCCCUUAAUGCUCCCCCCCCCAUCAUACACGCUGCAAUGGAAACAACCGUGUGUGUGUGUGUGAAUAUAUACAGUAUCUCACAGAAGUGAGUACACCCCUCACAGUUUAGUACAUAUUUUAUUAUAUCCUUUCAUGUGACAACACUGAAGAAAUGAAACUUUGCUACAGGGGACAGCAAAUUUACACUGUUAUACAAGCUGUACACUCACUCCUUUACAUUGAAGCAAAGUGUCAUUUCUUCAGUGUUGUCACAUGAAAAGAUUAAUAAAAUAUUUACAAAAAUGUGAGGGGUGUACUCACUUCUGUGAGAGACAGUACAUCCUCACGUCAAGAACACUGCAAUACAUCAAUACACUAACAAUUAUACUGUAGUCAUACUGUUUGGUAAAACAGAAACAUCUGUAUGUGAUAUUGCAUUAUAAUUUUCAGACUGAAUUCAUAUGCAGGUGUUGUAAGCCCUUGUUACCGAAUAUUUGGUCGAAAGAAAGAAUGUCUGUAAAAGUCAAAAACCCAUUCCAUACCUCUGUUACAGUACUUCUAAUUUAAAUACUAAAAUGGUGCUUUUAGUGCUUUAACUGUUAACUCCUAAUUCAGACAGAUUAUGGAGUUUUGGUGCUUAGUAUAGACAUGGAUGUGACUAUACUUUCAUAUGCAUGUGCAAGAAACAUUUAUAACGUGUUUAUCAUGUAUGGAUGCUACACAUCUUUAAACUAUGCUAUAUGAAGGCUUAUGCCAUUCUUCAGACAUUUAACAGAUUCUGAACCAAUAACUUUUAGGAGCUAAUAUUUGUCCAGUCAUUUUGUACAAGUCAGCACCGGAUAAUGAAUUUUUAUUUUUACUUACAUUUCUUAUUUGAAACAGUUAAAUCCUUUAGGUCCAAGCAGUUGUCUGUCAUUGCAGAAAUAAGGGUCAAAUGUUGUGGAAUGUAAAUAUUGUUGUUUGGCUUUGUAGGUGGGAAAAUGAUGGAAGCAUGGACUUUCAAAGACACUAUUGUUUGUUUUGCACCUUAUGGUUAAUAUCCAGUUUUAUUUUUCUCUUGACUGUUGUCAGCUUGGCAACUAAAGGACUGUACAUAGAAAUAAUUAAACUGCUUUUAAAGUGAUUUCUG